AUGGACUCCGGAAACAGCGGCAGCCUGCAGUCGUCCAGCGGCGGCGACGACGACUUCGACUCCAGAUGCGGUUCCGACUCCUCGCCGCUCUCCGCCUUGCUCCGGCAGCCGCCGCCAUCCGUGCCGGGCUUCGGCGGCGGCUCCUUGAUCUACGGCCUCCAGGAGCUCCGCACGCCGCCGCUGUCCCACUGGUGCUCAACGACGGCGCCGCUCCCGGCCGGCGCAGAGGCCUCAGCCUCGCCGCCGUCGCUGUCCGGCCAUGGUGCACCAACGGCGGCCUCUGCGGCGGCCGACCAGGCGGACGCAGCGCCGGCCCAGGCCGCCGCGGCGGCGCCGCCGCGGGGGUCGAGGAAGCGGGCGCGGGCGUCGCGCCGCGCGCCCACCACGGUGCUCACCACCGACACCUCCAACUUCCGCGCCAUGGUGCAGGAGUUCACUGGCAUCCCCGCCCCGCCCUUCGCCGGCGCCGCGACGACCGCGCGCUCCCGCUUCGACCACCACCUCUUCCCCUUGCGCACCACCACCGCUGCCGCCAGGACCGCGAACCCCGCCACGCUCCUGCAGUACCUCGUCCGCCCCUUCGCCCACAAGGUCCAGGUCCACGCGUCGUCGACCCCCUACCCGCCGAGCUUCACCUCGCCCUCCACGUCCUCACCGGCUCCGGCCAACAUCUCCAUUGCGCCUGCUUCCACCACCACCCCCGGCACGACGGCCGUGGCGUCGUCCAGCGACAGCUACCACCAGCUCACAGCCGCCUCGACGUCCGCUCUUAUCGGGAUGCAGCAAGAUCACGGAAGCAACAACUACCACUCGUUCCAUCAGAGCUCCUCCCUCGGCGACUGCAAGUGCGCGGCGCGCCCAGUGUUCAACCGCGGCAUAGCACCACUGCCGUCUUCCGCCACGAGGCUGCAGGACCCGGCGGACUUCUUCGGUCUCACAUACGACGUCAUGUUGGGCUCCCAAGGGCCGCACGCGCACUUGCACCCGCGCAACGGCGGCGACGUGCUGUCCGGCCUGGUCGGGGGCGCGUCCGUCACCGGGGCCGACGGCUGCAAGGCGACGUACUCUUCGACGCGGCCUCUGCUGGAGCGCAAUCGGCGUAACCCGUCGGCCGACGGCUCCACAGCGACGACGACGACGGCCCCGGUGGCGGCAACGGCGGGCAUGAGAACGCAAGCAGGCGUCGUCGACUCAUGGAUCUGCACAUCAGAUUAG